AUGGCACCACCGCGGUCUCGAGUGCCACUGCUCUCGAUCCUCGCCCUCACAUCCCUUCUUCCCUACUCGACACAUGCCUUUGACUGCAAAGACAUCCUCGCUGAUGGCGCACACUUCAACUUUAAAGAACUCGGCGGGCCGCACAUAGUCCACUACCAGGAAUCCGAUCUCACCAAAGAACUCGAGUGGAAGUACAACUUCACCGUCGACAUCUGCAACUCUCUUAAAUGGCACAAAGGCGGGAGUCUGGCAACCGAGUGCCAUCACGGGGCCAGGGUGUGUGGCAUCAGAGAGAAUAUUGAUCUUAGCAAGGAUGACAACUCCACCAUCACCCCAAUCGACAUUGCAGGCACAUAUUCGACACAAAAUGGGAGGAAGAUCGAUGCCAAAUUCGAGAAUCUUGGACACUCCAAGAGCAACAAGGAUGCAGGACUAGAGGGCGUUAGGGCGACGCUGAACGGAGGCAGAUUUCCCUUCGACGGCAAAAGAGAGGGCGUGAACCAGCGCGCUAUCAUCGAGUUUGUUUGCGACAAGGAGCGGACAGGACUAGAAGGUGAUGAGAUGGACAAGAGCCCGCACGAAGACGGCGACAAGGACGACAAGGACGGCAAGGACAACAACGAAGGCGACAACAAGGAUGACAACAAGGAGGGUGACGACAAGAAAGAAGAGAAGCUCAGGCGAAGAGAGGACAAGGGCAAGGGUAAAUGUGAGGACAAUGACAACAGUCUGCGCUUCUGUGGUUACGAGUUGGAAACCGAAGAAAAGGACAAGAAAGUCCAAACACUGCGACUAGAGUGGCGAACCAAGUAUGCGUGUGCGGACGCGCCUUCGCCGGACGGUGGCUCACACUGGGGCUUCUUUGGCUGGUUCUUCAUCAUUCUUUUCCUUGCAAUCGCGGCCUACCUCAUCUUCGGCUCAUGGCUAAACUACAACCGCUACGGCGCCCGCGGCUGGGAUCUGGUUCCCCACGCGGACGCGAUCCGCGACAUCCCAUACAUUGCGAAAGACUUUGCGAGGAAGGUCAUGGGGACUGUUCAAGGAAGUGGCAGCAGAGGAGGCUAUGCUGCCGUAUAG